AUGGCGUCCGUUCGGAAGCCCUUGGCUGUCUCCUAUGCGAAUUACAAGAAAACGCCGCCGCCCGUCCCCCCACGCACCACUUCCAAGCCUCUGAUCUCGGUGACCGCACAGAGCAGCACCGAAUCCACGCAGGAUGCCUACCAGGACGGCCGCGCGCAGCGGGCGUCCCCGUGGCCCCAGGACAGCCACGGCCUCUACAACUCCACGGACAGCCUGGACAGCAACAAGGCCAUGAGCCUUGCCCUGGAGACGGCCGCGGCCCAGCGCCUCGCCUCCGACGGCCAGAGCAGCUCCGCGCGGACCAGCGACAAGGCCGUCCUGGUGUCCAAGGCCGAGGACUUCCUCAAGAGCCGGCGCUCCUCCAUCGGGAUCCAGGAUUCUGAAUUCCCAGAGCAUCAGCCAUACCCAAGGUCAGAUGUGGAAACAGCCACAGACUCUGACACAGAGAGCCGAGGCCUGCGAGAAUACCACUCUGUUGGCAUCCAAGUGGAAGAUGAGAAGCGACACGGGCGUUUCAAGCGUUCCAACAGCGUGACCGCCGCCGUCCAGGCGGACUUGGAGCUGGAGGGCUUCCCGGGACACGUCACCAUGGAGGACAAGGGCCUGCAGUUUGGGCCCUCCUUCCAGCGGCAUUCGGAGCCCAGCACGCCCACCCAGUAUGGGGCCGUAAGAACUGUUCGGACCCAGGGGCUCUUCAGUUACAGAGAAGACUAUAGGACCCCCGUGGACACUGGCAGCCUGCCGCUGCCCGACCCCUGGCUGGAGCCGUCCAUCGAGACAGCGGAGACGGGGAGGGUGUCUCCGUGCCGGAGGGACGGCUCGUGGUUUGCGAAGCUGCUGCACACGGAGACAAAGAGGAUGGAAGGCUGGUGCAAGGACAUGGAGAGAGACGCGGAGGAGAAUGAUCUCUCAGAGGAAAGUAAGAGUGCAGCCUCCCCUCGGCUUCUUAGCACUGCAGUUGGUCAGUAG